CUGCUGUAUUUACUCUACCUCUGUUAUGACCUUCGACCAUCCUAUCGAUCCGUUGCCGUGACUAUUUAUAAUAUAUUAUUUGCGACUGUGCUUUGGACUACAUUCAUACAUACAUGAGGGCAUCGCGUUCUAGUUUCUCGUCCAUACUUCAGUUGCUCAGACCGAUUGAAUUCUCAUUCCAGAAAGUAAAGUACAGCUACAGCAUAGGUUCUUGCGCAAGCAUUUUAAAUAUGGUAAGCGAGUUAAGUAUAACAGUUAAUAUGAGUUAAGUUUCCAUUACACAGACUUUGACUUUAAUUAUAGUCAUAUAACUAGACCUUAUCAUGCCUAUAAUAAAUAAUAUAAUUUAUAAUAUACCGGUUAUAUAAUUAUUAUAAGAAUGAUGGCCACAGCACUAUUAGUCAUAAUGACUAUUAUGGUCUUGCACGUUGUUAUAAGAAACGGUAUGAGCUUAGGCUUAGCUGGAGACCAGUGGUCACUGAGGACUGACUAAUUUAAUUUUAAAUUCAGUAACCUGUUGUAGCACUAGCAAACGGAUUAAUGAGUCACUGUCAAUGUGAUAGCAUGUAUCAUGUUGUCUACAUUGUAGAACUUAUUCGUACAAUUAAUUAGAAUGCAAAUUAAAACAUGGAUGACAAUGAUAGUAAAUUCAUAUCAUAAUAUUGGGUAUUGUAUUUAAUAAAUAAUAUUAGUAAGUAUCAGGUGAUCUAAAAAAAUAAUUGACCCUUGGCUUAUGACUUAUGGCCCUUAUCACUUGUUACCUGGGUCAUAUAAGGAAAUUUUCAAUGUGGUAAAAAAAUUAAAAAUGUAAACCCCCCCCCCCCCCACCUGUUUUGUAAAAUUGAACAAAAACACCAUAAAGAUAUUUAGGCUGAUUACUAAUUAAUAGAUAUUUAUUUAAGAAUUAAAUUAUUUACAAGAAUAUUAAUUAGGCCCUUAGUCGUAGCCCUAGUGCUUGGUCUAAAUGGCUGAAUGGGCAUAACUAAUAUAAGAAAUAGACAAUACCAUGGAACACAAUUUUAAAUAUUACUUUAUAGCAUUACUUUGCACUAAAUGCAAAGUAAACAGAAAUAAUUUUAGUUUAUGCCCUUACAAUAACCAUGUCAUUUAAAAACUUCCAACCAGUUAAACUAAGAAGUGCCAUCCAUAAAUCACUCUAUUUUGGUACAUUUUUUAUUCCUUCCCUCCUGACAGAUGUGUGAAAUAAUUUAUGGAUUUAUUAAGGGCAAUCAAUAAACUGAACAUUUGACUGCUGGUACCAAGUCCUUUGAAAUUAUAUGCAACACAUUUCAUCUAUUGUAUGUUAUAUAUUUUAGAUAAGAUAAUAUUCUUUUAUUGAUCCAAAUACAUGGAAAUUUGUUUUGAUUAGAUUGUUCAUAUUCACCACGUCCACAUUGAUCACCAAGACAACAUUUUUUAAACUAGAAGAAUUUAAACCCAUUAAAUCUUAUUUACUAAUUGUAAUUGUAACAUCCUGACAUUUAGUGUUUGUUGACCACAGAGUGAAACAUUGUAAUUGUAACAUCCUGACAUUUAGUGUUUGUUGACCACAGAGUGAAAUUCACCCAGAAAUCAGAAAAAUCAUGUGGCGGAUUAAUACUGAUGAUGAAUAAUAAAAAACUGGACUAUUUUUGUCAGCCAUGUUGGCGAGCUUCUAACAUUACUGAGUGAUCUUUGAAUGUUCAAACAAGAAGGUCACAUGAAUCUAUUGUCUGAGUACACUUAGGCCUGAUUCACUUAUAUAAUUUGAGUAAAUAAACAUAAUCAUAUUAUUUAUUCAUUAGUUUAUUUCACAUUGACUCUGUGAAUCGGAGCAUUUAUUUAAGUAUUAUAUGUAUAAAUUAAAAUAAUAAAGUGAUUGUUUGUGAAGACCAGUCUCAGAAUUUCAUUUCACAAGUGGUCAAUGGGAUGUCCUAAAUAGUUAACCUGGACUAGUUAGCAAGGUUACACUACUGUAUUUCUCACCUGAAAAAAUCAGCCAUCAUAUACACACCUAAAAAAUCUCACUCCUGUAGUGACAAUAUUGGCUUAAAGCAUGAUUGUUUGAUAUUGUAACUGCUGAACAAGUUAGUAGCAAGUUUGAAACAUUUUUAAAAAUUAUCUCACAAAAUUUGUUUUUAUCUCCAUUUGAUUUGCUCAAAUUUUUUUCAGUUUAUAUAUUUAUAUUAUUAUUAUAUUAACAGAAUUUUUUUAAUCCAUUUGUUUUUCAAUUUUUAUCUUUCUUUUAAAAUUGGUACUAUAAGUAUAAGUACCUGGUAUGCAGUUAGUAGAUAGUGAAUUUCAAGCCUCUAUUAUUUUAUAAAGGGGCACCAAGGAUUUUUUAUUUAUUGUUGAUGAUUUAGGGCUGCAAAAAAUCAGCCAUCAUAUACAUCCCUAAAAAAUCUCACUCCUUAAUUUUCUGCAAAUUUAGUUUAAACAUGGGAAGCAGUAACCUAACUCAGUUCCUGUGAAAAGUCAGAGUCUUUUGUAAUUUUGAUUACUGUCGCCAUGGCUUUCUGUUUAAAACAAUGACACAGUUUGUGAAUGUAAAAAAAAAAAAAAAAUUUUUUUAAAACUCUCAAUAAAUUAUAUUUCUGAAGGCUCAUGUCUACAGUAAAAUUAUCAAAUAUUUUUAAGCUUUUGACAUCGUUUGUAGUUAGAAUUUAAGAUUCAAGUGUUAAAUUAUUUCAUAAAUAACUUCAAAUUGGGACGUGAGAUAUUGUGUUGAUUUCCUUAACUUUUAGAAAAGUGUAGGGUGUUAACACUGCACUCUAUUUCUACUGUAGUUGGAAUAGUAAUUUUAAUUGUGCUGCUGGUCAUUUACUUUUGGUAUUGUUUUUGCUUUUUAAAGACUUCCUCUCUACUCACAUUUUCAUCUUCUGUACUGGUAAUGUUAUAAUUUCAAUCUUGUGGAGCGUUAUAUUUUUGUUUACACAAGUGACAUUUUAAGAUUGAGUCUUUCUCCUGCUGCGAAUGAGUGAGCUCAGAUCUAUUUUUUAAAGAUAGCAUAACUUUGAGUAUAUACCAAAGUGCCACUUGACAGGCAAGGUUUUGCAGCUUAGGAUCCAUUCAUUAGUGGUUUGUGAAAAUAUGGUUAAAUGAAGAAUGUUAGUUUUUGUACUUGGUGCUACAAAGUAACUUGUACUUGUAUUAAUUUGCAACCAACUCAUUCAUCAAAUCUUUAAUCUGGAACUUGAGGGAAGGCCACACAAAAAAAGCCUUGAAUCCUUGAUAAUAUCAAACCAAUUGUAAAAAUUCUGACAUGUUGGAAAAUAAAAUUUAUUAAAUAAAAGACAUUAUCACGAAAAAUGAAAUAAAUCAGAGUUUAAUGAGGCAGGAAGUUAAAUAUUUCGAGAAUUUUUUGUAUUCAGGAUAUAUGUGAGCAUGUAGUUGAUUAAAUGUUUAUAUGUCUAGUAGUUACUAGUACAGUCUAGCAUCAGUCUGUUUAUUUUUGUUAAGUACCGGUACAAACUUGCAGCCAUGCCUGUCCAUGUAAAGUCAUUUGGUCUUGUAAAAGUCUGCAAUAAUCUUUUUUUUUUAAAUUCUCGUUACAGGCUGCUGGUGGUGACAACUGGAAAAAAGCUAAAUCAAUAUAUGAAUUUAGUGCACUAGAUAUAGAUGGUAACAAUGUGUCAUUAGAGAAAUACAGGUACCAAUGUUCUCUUUUAACUAAGUCUUAUCAUGUUCAUUUGACUUCCUUUAGUAAAAAAAUAAAUUAAUCUGUUGAUUGAUAAGAACAUAUUACUGCAGUUAUGCACAUUUUUGUUUAAAUUAAAGCCACAUUCUUUAUAUCUUGCUUAUAGAGGUAAAGUUUGUCUCAUUGUCAAUGUUGCGUCAAAAUGAGGUUUCACCAGCAAAAAUUAUACUCAGCUGCAGGCCCUGCACGCCAAGCAUGCUGAGAGAGGUUUGGCCAUCCUUGGAUUCCCCUGUAAUCAGUUUGGGAGUCAGGUUAGUUCCAUGAACAUCAACAUUCUAUUUAGUCACUUUAUUAUUUAUUUCCUGUGCAAUUUGUUAAUUAAUAAACACGGCACUUCAAAUUCUAAACAUUCCUUUUGUUGCGACCCCAGUUUUAAAAUGUCAUGUAAGAUAGGAAAAUAUUCAAAACCUUUUAUGUGUUUUUACUUUGUGAAACCAAAAGAAUAUAAUGUACCUGUUGCACUGUACAUUGAAUACAUAAAAUUACCAAAUUAUUAACAUUGAUUAUUUUGUUUAAUUGUCAAGGAGUUACAUUUAUCAUUUAUGAAAAUAUUAAUUUUAAAAUUUCUAUUUUUAAACUGUUUUAAUCAAAAUAGUCGUCAACCCUGGACAUAUAAUAAGAUCAUCAUUGUAAAUGCUUAAACUUAAAAUACUGAUACUUCCAUAUUGAAAAACUUGUCUGCUAAAAUCAGGUCAAACUUAUCUUGACUUAUCUUCAUAAAAACUAUAAAUAUAUUCUAAUCAAGUCUCCAAUUUGGCUCUUGCUGAUGAAUGCCCAUCUCAUUUUAGGAACCAGGAACUAACGAGGAGAUAAAAAAGUUUGCCAAAGAGGGUUUUAAUGUUGAGUUUGAUAUGUUCAGUAAGAUAGAUGUCAAUGGUAAAAACGCACACCCUCUUUAUGAAUAUCUCAAGCAUGUGCAAAAGGGAACUUUAGGA